AUGUCAGACGAUACAUCAACCACAAUUCCAAAAACUCAAAAAGCCGUAUACUUUGAAAAACCCAACGCUCCAUUAGAAUACAAGGAUGUACCAGUUCCUGAGCCUAAACCAACUGAAUUAUUAGUCAAUGUCUUAUAUACCGGGGUUUGCGCAACAGAUACUCACGUUUGGUCAGGUUCUUUUGGUGAAGUAAAAGCUCAUAUUGGUGGACACGAAGGUGCUGGGAAAGUCGUUAAAGUUGGAUCUAAUGUCAAAGGAUGGAAAGUUGGUGACUAUGCGGGUAUCAAAUGGCUUAAUGGAUCUUGCAUGAAUUGUGAGUAUUGUGAACAAGGUGCUGAACCAAAUUGUCAAGAGGCUGACUUAUCAGGUUUCACACACAACGGUUCUUUCCAACAAUAUGCUACUUGUGAUGCAGUACAAGCUGCAAAAAUUCCUAAAGAUGUAGAUUUAGCUAAAGUUGCACCUAUAUUAUGUGCUGGAGUCACUGUUUAUAAAGCUUUAAAAACUGCUGAUUUACUUGCUGGUCAAUGGGUUUGUAUUUCUGGAGCUGCUGGUGGACUAGGAUCAUUAGCAAUUCAAUAUGCUACUGCUAUGGGUUAUAGAGUUAUUGCAAUUGAUGGAGGAGCCGAUAAGGGAGAAUAUGUCAAAAAAUUGGGAGCUGAAGUUUACAUUGAUUUUACAACUGAAAAAGACAUAGUUGAAGCAGUUAAGAAAGCUACAAAUGGGGGUCCUCAUGGUGUUUUGAAUGUUUCUGUAUCGGAAGCAGCUAUCAAUCAAUCAGUUGAAUACAUCAGACCAUUAGGUAAGGUUGUAUUGGUAGGAUUACCAGCUAACGCAAAAGUUAUAGCUCCAGUUUUUAGUUCGGUUCUUAAAUCUAUUCAAAUAAGAGGUUCAUACGUCGGUAAUAGAAAAGACACCCAAGAAGCCUUAGAUUUUUUCCUCAGAGGUAAAGUAGAAUGCCCGAUCAAAAUUGCUGGUUUGAGCGAAGUAUCCAAAGUUUUUGAUUUAAUGCAUGCUGGUAAAAUCAUGGGAAGAUAUGUUCUUGAUACUAGUAAAUAA